CAGUGAGGGCGCCGGCUCACGUUGGCGGGCAGGUCUGUUGCUGCGGAUCGUUGUACGGCCGGCAGGUGCCUCUGGGGCCGCCCCGCCGCUCCCUCAUGAGGCCGCACGACCCGCCGCAGGGCGGCCCCGCCGCCGUGCUGCCGGAGCUAGAGAUGCUGAAGCAGCGGGCGUGCGAGAGCGUGGAGCUGAACGCGGAGCGGCUCAGCGCACUGAGCCGCGACAUCUGGAGCCGGCCUGAGCUGGCCUACGAGGAGCACCAGGCACACGACACCAUGACCCGCUUCUUCUCCAGCGGGGAGCUGCCGGGCGCCGCCUGGGCCGUGCAGCCGCGCUACAAGCUGAGCACGGCCUUCCGCGCAGAGUGGGGCACAGCCGCCCCCCCGACACAGGGCCUGCGCCCGCUCCGCGUCGCCUUCCUCUGCGAGUACGAUGCCUUGCCCGGCAUCGGGCACGCCUGCGGCCACAACCUCAUCGCUGAGGUGGGAGCCGCCGCCGCGCUGGGGCUGAAGGCCGCCCUGGAGAGCCUGCCGCAGCCGGCGACCGCCGCCGUCCAGAUCACGGUGCUGGGCACCCCUGCGGAAGAGCAAGGAGGAGGCAAAAUAGACCUGAUAAACGCUGGAGCGUUUGAUGGCAUGGAUGUGGUUUUUAUGGCACACCCGUCGCAAGAAAACGCAGCUUACCUGCCCGAUGUGGCCGAGCAUGAUGUGACUGUGAAAUACUAUGGAAAAGCUUCUCAUGCUGCUGCUUAUCCUUGGGAAGGAGUUAAUGCAUUAGAUGCUGCUGUUCUUGCAUACAACAAUCUGUCUGUUUUAAGACAGCAAAUGAAACCGACCUGGAGAGUUCAUGGUGUAAUAAAAAAUGGUGGUGUGAAACCCAACAUCAUUCCUUCUUACACUGAGCUGGAGUUCUACUUGCGUGCCCCUUCAAUGAAAGAUCUUUCUGUUCUGAUCGAGAAGGUUGAGAACUGCUUCAAAUCUGCAGCACUGGCCACAGGAUGCAAAGUGGAAAUAAAAGGUGGUGAAAAUGAUUACUACAACGUGCUUCCAAAUAAGAGCCUGCAGAAAGUUUACAAGGAGAAUGGAAAGAAGCUUGGAAUAGAAUUUAUAUCCGAAGACUGUAUCUUGAAUGGUUUGUCAGGUUCCACGGACUUUGGAAAUGUUACAUUUGUAGUCCCUGGGCUUCAUCCUUAUUUUUAUAUUGGCUCUGAUGCAUUGAAUCAUACUGAGCAGUACACAGAAGCUGCAGGGUCACAGAAUGCUCAGUUCUAUGCUUUGCGCACAGCAAAAGCUUUGGCAAUGACAGCACUGGAUGUCAUUUUCAAGCCAGGUCUUCUAGAAGAAGUCAGGGAAGACUUUAGACAGGUGAAGCUAAAAGAAGAGGGGCAAAUAAACCCAGUAGAACCUAUCAAAGAAUCUGGAGUUGGCGCAGGAGUGUGUGCAUCCCAUUAAACUUUAUUCAGCUUCUCUCAGUAGGACUGACUUCAUGGAGAUGAUGUAUUUAAAUCCUGGAAGGGGCUGGAUAAACCCAUAGCUGAAGAAAUGUUCAAUUUUGGGGGGGAACUUUAGGAAAGGCAAACAGUAUCAUUGCUUUCAAAAGUGUGCAAUUUCAUCUAUCUGUAAUGUUUGCUGUAUUCAAUAUGGUGAUGAACUCUGGAAACAAAUACAUCAUCUUUAAGCUGCAGUGUUGAAAAAAUGAGUGUUUAGUUCCCUGUCAGUGAUUUUCUAUGUAUUGCUAAAGUAACAUUCUUUAUAGGGGAAAUACGACAUCUACCUGAAAAUGCUGGUUCUAAAAUGAGCUCUGUUCACUUGGCGAUCAAAGGCUGAAUCAGAUCUAUGAAGUAUUUCUGUCUGGCCAGUCACUUUUUCUUGGGACAAGAUAGAGGCUUAAAACCUCAGCUGAUUUCACUGGAAAGAAGGGCGUAUGUUUGGAAGAAUGCCUGAUUUUGACAAUAGUAACCGCUAGCAAUGGAGCAGAACCAUUUGUAUGGAAAUGGCAUCUUUAAAGUCUGACUGUCCUGAAAUGCAUUGGCUUGCCUCCUAACAGUUUUGGAGGUGAUAUGGAGAAGUCAUUGAUCAACAAAUUGGAAAGCAACUGAAUGUUUAUUUAUUUAAAUUAACAUGUUUAAACCACUGCAGAGAAAUGCAUGUGGUCCUUUUUUUAAGUUGUACUCUAAGGCAGUACCAGUGUGCAGACGAGGUGUUCACUAGCCUAGCUGAUCUGAAGGAUCUCUGUAAAUCUAGCUAACAAAGUGGGAAUCUUUCUCACAAAGUUGCAAGCCUGGUACUGUGAAGCAGUAAAUGAAGCUAACCUUAAACUGGUGUGUGCAAACCAGUAAGCUCUUGAGAAGUUUGCACUGGGGAUUGCUUGUGCAGUACCUGGCUUCUCAAACCUGUUUGUUCCCAUAUCCUGUAAGAUAAGUAGAUGUGUUAAGUCUU